CGAGGAGGAGCAGUGUGCUCGCUCUGGAAGGGAGUGGGCAUCCAGGCGCGGAGCUCUCCAUGCCAGCCCGAGCGGGACCAUGGCCCUAGGGCUGUUUCGGGACUCUGUGUGAGCUUGGCCGUGAGCAUGGCGCCCCGCUGCCCCUCGCUCUCCCUCCUGCUCCUGUUCUGCUGGCUCUGGAGGGCGCCGGCCAGAUCCGCACCCCAGCGCGGAGCACUCGAAGUGCUGAUUAAAGUCCAGGUCUUUGACAACAGUGACCUUUCACCUCUGAAGGAAGCUGCAGUUCAGGUGUAUGGAAAUCAGUCCACUUUGGCCUCGGGACUAGCAGGAGAGGAUGGCAUCGUGAAGGUUACCUUUAUGUAUCGCCCCGGGACCUGGGUCAUUGUCACAGCGUCCAAAUAUGGAUUUGUAACUAAUUCUGCCCCCUGGCACGCCAGUCGCAUCCCCUUGUAUGCCUCGGUGAGUCUGUACCUGCUCCCUCAGAGACCAGCCACCCUGCUGCUGUAUGAUGAUGUGGUGCAGCUCCUGCUGGGUUCUCCAGGCUCCAGAAGUCAGCCAUGGGUGCAGCUGCAGCGGAAAGCCAUUCGUCCAGCCCUCAACACCUCCCACAUCGCACUCUCCGCUAUGCUCACCUCCACCAGGAGUCAGUAUGAGCUUGGGGGCUUCCCUUAUCCCUUGGGCCUGGAGAUCAAUUCCACAAGUUCAAACAGCAGCUGGGUAGAGCUGUCUGCAGUCGCUGCAGUGUGUGCCAGACUCACUGGACCCAACGGUACUGAGGUCCAGGUAUCGGACCCCAUCCAUGUGUCUGUUCCGCUUCCCUCAGACUCACCCCUCAAGACUGCCACCAGCGUGCCUGUCUGGAGGUUCGAGGAUAGGGCAGGUCUAUGGGUCAGAAGCGGUGCUGGCUACAUUAAAAAAGAUGGUGCUCAGAUGACCUGGAGUUUUGUGGCACCACAUUUAGGCUAUUGGCUGGCAGCUUUCCCAUCGGCUGCAGUAUGUCAUUUUUAUGUUCCAGGAACAGGCCUGAACACUUCUGGCCUGAGGGACAUCACCACGUACCAUACCAUUUUCCUCCUGACCAUUUUGGGCUCCAUGGCCCUGCUGGUUCUAAUCCUGCUUUGCUUGCUGCUCUACUACUGCAGGAGGAGAUGCCUGAAACCCCGACAUCAUCAUCGUAAAAUGCAUAUCUCCUCCACUCUAGAGAGCUCCAAAAGAGACCAGGGUACGUCCACUUCCCAGCUGAAUCUCAUUAGCAGCGCGCACAUGGAGACAGCCUCCUCUACUGGAGAGCCGGAUGGUGUGAAAUCUGACCUGUCCUCCACCCGGGACCUGCACAGCUCACGGGAGGACUUCUUCAGACAUGGCUCUGGACACAAGUCAUACCACUCAAAGGGUAGCAUGAACAGCAAGCGUGGUGAGAGCUUCCCGCUGCAGGCCACCCGCUCCACCAACACUAACAAUCUGGACCUGCUCUUGCGAGAUGAUGUUGCCAGAGGCUACAGCCCAGCCGAAGAUUCUGAUGACCUCAGGCACAAUCACCAUCACCAUAAUGCCAAGGACAACCAAGGUUACACCUCUGAUCCUCCAUCUCCCCCACCUUUGUUGCCUCCAUUUGCUGGCCAUUACCACAGUCGGGACAGCAAGCCCCCAGAUUACUGUGCCUCCCAGGCUGCAGAUCACCUGAAUGUGAACACACAGCCUGGCCAGCUCAUCUUCUGCCACUCCAUGGAACAGAUGAAGGAGAGCAUGUACCACAGCGUGGUGCCCACAUUAGUCAUCCCGGCGCAUUACAUGCGCCUCUCUUCAGAUCUCUCAGCUGUGGAGCAGGCCAUGGAGAGGCAGCAGCAGCUUCAGCAUGACACAGAGGGAAUUCAGGUUAGCAUGACGCUUCCUCGCCAUCAGGGUCAGCAACAGCAGUCCACCAAGCCACAGAAGGAGGAGGACAAAGCUGACCAGCAGGGAGAGGGACCUGAAGAGCAGAAUGGGGCUUCAGACUCUUGUUCCACAGGUCCCGUCCACAUCCCUGUGCUGUUUGAUGACUCCACCAUGGCACAGGUUAAUGGGGAGUUGAAGGCACUUACGGAGAAGAAGCUGCUGGAGCUAGGUGUGAAACCGCAUCCCCUGGCAUGGUUUGUGUCCCUUGACGGUCGUUCAAACUCCCUCGUCCGCCACUCCUACAUUGAACUAGGCAAUGAGGCCUUGCGGGCUCCAGCCCAGGAGCACCGGGCGGAAACAUACCCAGGAAAUUCAGGCAGGUCUUCACAGAGGAAAAGUAAAGAGGAGAACAAGGGGAAAGAAGGAGGUGAGAGGAAGGCCCAUGGCAAGAUCUAUUCCAAGCUUCCUGUUAUUGACACUACAGAUCCUAGCAGCAGCAGCGAAAGCCACACAGCCACAUACUCACCAGAAGAUAGCUCAAUGGCACCUCUGCUGGACGAGGCCCCAGAAUGUUCCCGAGGAGGAACAUUUCCCCGCCGAGGGCGCAUUCGGGACAACAGUGCUUGCAGCAGUGCCGCCGAGGUCCACAGGGACUCGGUGACCAGCCCUGACGACGAUGAUAAUGAUGACAAGGAUGAUGAAGGAGAGAAUAAGAAGAGCCCUUGGCAGAAGCGUGAGGAGAGGCCACUCAUGGUGUUCAACGUCAAGUAGACAGUGAUACUUUGUAACACUCUUGACACUUUGUCUACACUUUUGCCCCUCUUAUGGUCACAGUAGGAACAAGAAUGCAAGAAAAACAGUCGAAAGCACAAAAAGACAUCGAGGACGACACUUACCCAAGGACAAGGUGGCUAAUGUCACUUUGCAUCAGGACAGGCAAAGUCUGGGUGUAGCAAUGAAAGGUAGUACCUGGCUAGUGGUUAAUGCUCACAUCUUCGCAGAUGUAAGCAGGAUGAUAAAUAACAUGGGAUGUUGACACCAUGCCACAGAACCAGAGGAUGCCGUAUUUUUUACAGUCUAGUUUAUUAUUUGACAUUUUUUAAUCUUUGCUGCAGUUAACUGUCAAUGUCACCCCUCUCAAGUGGUGUUCCUCCUCCCUCUAGUGACCCCUCCUACUCCACAGUAGGAAUGUCUUUGAGCCAUUUUAAACUGACUUUGGGAAGUAAUCCACAGGCCUUAAAGAAUACCACAACAGAGAAAGACAGCCUAAAAAGUGAGACACAAAACGGAGACUGAAUCAAGGAAAUUUGAAUGUUUUGUUUCUUUUUCCUGAAGCUGAGGGCUUUGUCCCAGGUUUGGUUUUAUAUAAUUAAUUAGUGCUGAAACACAGAGAUGUAUGUGUGUUUGAAUCAUAUCUUUCACAAAAGGGUGUGGCAUAGUCAAUGGAUUUAAUCUGCAUUUACUCAAAAAUAUGACACACUCAAAUAUUCAUAUAAAUUUUGCUCCUGGUAGAAGCUGCUCUUUGAACCUGAUCUGAGGUAUUGAAACGAUAGCACUUUUUUUCCUUUUUUGUAGCUAUAGUGACUGUUCUGCUGUGAGAUUUAACGGAUCAUUUGCAAAAUCCUAACAAGUCCUGCCACCGUUAUUUAUCGUUACUACAUCCAUUAAACUUUCAGUUCAAAUCACCUGGUAGAAUCUGUAACACUUGAGCUAAAAGACUAAAAGGUUCAGUAGUAAUAGGAAAAUUUUUGUAGUACACUAGAGAGUGCAUUUAUCAUAUUUUUCAAUUAAAAAUUGACAGGAUUUCACAAUAUUUGAGAACUCAAAAAAUAUACAUGUAGACCAAAUUAAAGUGAACAAAAAAAUUGUUUCUGGAAACCAUGUUUACAUUAAUCAAACCAGGCUAAUCAUACCGUCUCUCGACAUUACAGCAGUAGUUUUUCAAGCGUAAAAAGGAGAAGGUUUAAGCGAUAAAAGUUGUCCCUUCACAUUAGCUAAAGCUAACACUGGAGCUAGUCAGAGCAACAUAAGAUGUCUUUACACAGUGUCUUACAGCAAACUUUAAUGAAACAAUACAGAAUAUGACAUGUAUAUGUCCAUUAAUAUUGCAUGUUUAUACAGUAUUUUAAUCACAAAUGUGAGAUCUCUACAGUCCUGCUUAAUCUGACUAAUGUAUCCUGCUAGAUAUCAUAGUAAAUGUGUAUUUUUAGCAAUUACACUAACAAAAAAGAUUAAAAGUUAGCCUACCUGGCAGUCUGUGUAAGUCUAUAUGUUACUAGUUUUCACCCUGAGCUUCAGGAAUGAAAUAAAAACAUAUCUUCCAGAUGAUCAGGAUAAUGAUCAGGCGAAAUAUUUCCUCAGUAACACUUUUCCACCAUUUCUUAGACUAAUAAUUCAAAGUAAUGUACUGUAACCACCAGUUUGUUUUGAAGAGCUUUUCUUUCGCUUGAUGUAGGAAAUGUUUAGGGACAAAUGGGAUUGGCUGAGAGAUGUAUCAAUCAUAAUUGUGCGGUCAGUUUUUGUGACAUGCAGAUUUUGUUCAGAUUACUGUAAUUCUAACUAUGUCUAACAUUAACCACUUCAGUUACACUUAUUUUCUGCCAAUUAUUGUAUUGUGUAAAUCUAGGUAAAGUGAGCUAAUUUUGGCAGGUAUUAAGUUAUCAAUUGGACAGUGUAAUUUCAGUUGAUAAGUCUAGAUCUUGGGUCACUAAUAUUAUCAUCAAAUUGCAGAUGAGCAUAAGCAGGUUUACUCCUGAUUUUAUAUGUUUAAUCAGUUGGUCUCAGUCUUAAAGCACAUACCAUGGUACAUGAGACGUGCUCCUGCAUUGCUGGAAUAUAAACCUGCAGCCGCGUCAUCCCUUUGCAGAUAUGAUUGGUGACCACUGGUCUGGACCACUGCAGCAUAAAUGAUUGUGAAAUACAAAUAUAUGGAACAUUACCACCGUCUUCUAAAUGGCACAGUAACGUCCGAUAAAAUACAACUUCCCUUUCUACAGAGACCUUCACAAGAUAUUAGCAUUUGUUUGAUGUUGUAUAUCCCAGCCAGCUGUAAUGUAAAGUUUUAAAGUAACAUUGCCUUAAAAGACAGUAAACAGACGACAGCCUAGCAAGUUAAUGCAUUGAAACAAUCAGCUCCAGACAGUCUGAUAACUUAUGGGAGGUUGGGAAAAAACAACAGUAUAAUGCUGUAUUAAGCCAGUACUUUAAUGUCUUGCCAUGGUAGUCUUGUUUUAAAGGUUUUACAUUAGAAUUCCCUACGUGGUAUAAUAGGAUUACUACUACUUUAUUAGUUUACUUGUUUGGCAUGUUAUACAGUAUUCUGUAAUCUAGCACUGUAUCCCACAGCAUCAAUCAGAGUUCAUAAUUUUAUAUAUUGUUUCUCUGUUCCGGUCUUCAGUGUUCUCUCACAAUCCAGUGUGCAUUAGGCAAACACAACAAACAGCCCUGUGGUGCCAACCAUUCCAGACUGCUAGCCUAGCCACUGAGAUACAGGCUAAUAAAUGCAACCAAGCUAUUACAUACAACCAAGUUAUUACCUCAGUCGUCAAACAAAAUUGUGAAGAAAACAGUGAUUUUAUCUUUAUUUGUCACAAAAAGGAUUUUCUACACUUUUAGCUAGAGAAACCAAACCAAACGGAGGUAAGGUAUUUAGAUAGCCUGGUAGCUAACUUGCUUAAAAUGAGCUUUUACCUUGUUGUCCUCAUCUGAUAGCUUCCUAACAGUACCAUUACCUAUCAGGUUUCCUUCUGCAUUCACCAGCUAACAAAAAACAAAAGUUUUUUGGGGGUUCACCCCAAAAAAAUCCAUCUUGAGGCAGUUAUAGUUUUUUCAGGUGUUCCUCCUACCUUCAACAUAUGUCAUCAGAAGAGGGUUUUUAAAGUCUUUAAACAGGAAAACCUUACUCUGGAGACCGCGCAGCUGAAGCAUGUUUACAACAGAUGUAGUGAUGGUAUUUUUUUCAUUUUGUCCAGAGUGUCCCUUUAAGAUCAGACUAAGAAGAGCAGCUUCUAUCUGGAUGUGUUUGUACUCCAAAUCUGCCCGGUAUAGAAUGUUCUGAGCCACCUUCUCACUCACUUGACAUAGCUGGAUAAGUGUUGAAAAGUGGAGGAGUGUUUUGACUGACCAGGCUGUGGUGGCCUGGCUCCUCUCGUUUCAGUUUUUCUGACCUUCGCUAGCUCUAACCUUUUGCUGCACUGUACGUCAGAAAUACUUGCAAUUCAGAAGUACUUUAUUUCCACGAGUCAGUGAAGUGAAACCCGGUUCUUUCCGACUCCCUUGACAGGUGAUGUGCAUUGUGCUUGGAAUGGUGAUGCAUGGAUGAAUUUACACUAGAGGAACUGUAUCGAGUAUUUUUUUAAAACAUGUUUAAGUAUUUCUCAGUGAAGCGCUCUUACUAAACUGUGUGAACCACUUAUUGUUAAUAACACUGUAGUAAACUUCUACUUUUGCUUUGGCCUCAUGUAUUUAUUUUGCCUCUUCAUGAUGAGUCACGUCUCGUCACAGCAUUGUUUUGUCUCUGUUUAAGAUAAGUCACGUCUGGUCAGCAUAUUUGUACAAAUGAUUGAAAUUUAUCUGUUCAAAUAGUCUUAAAAUAUCCCUCUUUGCACCCCUAAAGAAAUUCUAUAGCAUGCCAGAUUUAAAAAGGCAGUGCUAUUGUAACCUGUCUUAAGAUCCUUCCCAUGGCGUACUUUCUCUCACUCAAGCUUUCUUACUUACACUCUCGCACCUUCUCUCUCCUGCCUUCUUUCUCUCUCCAGUUUAUUCAUCACCUUUCAAGUGCCUUUUCAUGUCAAGCAUAGUCUUACUGAGCUCAAACUGUUCUGCUCAAAGUUGCCAGAAUGUUACUGACAAAAUGACAGUCUUGGGCAUAGGGCCAGUUUUCAUCAUACAGAUACAUUUUGUUUAGUCUAGGCUGUGUAAGACUGACCCACGCUGACUUACUGCUUAUCUGUUAUAUUUCUGACCUACUCUGAUCAAUAACUGCUGCAGUCGAUCAUAUUGCAUAACAGGAGCCCAUAUAUCAUUUGUUGUUUUCCUUUUGUUUAAGAAUUGCUCUCUGAUUUCUCACUUGCCUCAACAUGCUGUACUACUUUUUAUGGAAACACCCAGAAUAACUUGAUUUUGGGUUCGUUCCUGUGACACACUGGGAAAACUUGAUAAGUCCUCUGGUGUGAAAAGAUCUUGUGUGUAUGUGUUCAUGAGGCCUCCAGAACAUAGACAACAGUUUUUCACCAGUAAUAUAGUUAAUGCUUCAUAUGUAUUAUUAAUCUAUUAAAUGCCCUCUUCUCUAAUGCUCAUAUUUAGUGUCUCAGCAGAAGAAGAGCAGUCACUUGUUCUACGUUCAUUAAGCUCUGCUUUAGAUGGACACAUCCGUUCAGAGGUUUGGAAUCGCUUCUCAUAAUAAUUAUUCAAAAAUAACAUACAGUCUAGAUUAAAAUAUAAACUAGACACCUACAUAUUUACAGUUUUAUUGUUAUUCACAAUGUAAAGGAUUUUGGCAAUUACAAGAAGUUAUUACAUGGAAACUAUAGUAAAGGCUGAGUAAUUUUAAUACACUGUACUUAUCUGUUUAUUAUGAAUAGCUAUUUGAUUAGUGAGAUUUGGUCAGUGCUUAUCAAAUGUGGGACAUUCCGGAUAUGGAUUUUAUAAUAAGUUCAUUCUCGAUGCUUUAGAGCUUUCUCAACUAUUAUGGAAGCUCCUAUCAUCAAACAUUCUGUACAUUUUACAGCUUCCUACAAAAUAUUUCAAACCUGUAGAAUAUUAGAAUCAUGUAAGGACUAUUUUAUACAUGUACCUGCAACAAAAUAGGUUCUAGAUUAUUCAAAACAGUUCUAAAAGUUUGGAGAGCUUGUUUUCUUGUUCUUGCCAUGUUUAUUUUGUUUUUACAUGACAGACCUAGCAAAGUAGUUAUAGCAACUCACAAAAUGCAUUUCAAUGAAUUGUACCACAUGCUUCAUUUUCUCUUAUUUACACAUAAAAAUGAAUAAGGGUUUGUUGUUAUUGUUUUGAUUUGUUUUGUCAAACCUUUCUGUCCCCUCAAAGUAGCCCCUUAUCACCUUGUUGGAAAGGCUUUCCUUUGUUUGCACUAAAGUAACACUGAUUGAAUCACAUACUAACAUGCAUUGUCCUGAACUGGACUCUGCUCAUACUUUUUUCACUGUACUGGCCACUCUGUAUGUAUGAAAGUGCUGAAAUGAGACUAUUAAAGGUGAAGUUAAAGCUACAGAGUGAUGUGGCUCGGGGUGUGAAUCUGUGAAGGGAGAAUGGCAACGUUUUGUUAGAUUUAAGGAAACAUUCUUUGUCAUAGAGUAACUACGUUAUAAUAAAAUACAACAUUAAAACAUU